CAUAGUACGAUUAGUAAACGCGGCUUCUGAUCUUCCGUCACAUCAGCUGCGCAAAACCGGCAGGGGACAAACAGGAAAUUUUAACUAAAAUACAGCUAUAAGAGUGUUUGCUCCCAUUUAUUUAUAGGAAACAAGUGUAUUCCUGUAUUUCAACUGCUUGUAUUAAUUCUCUCACCUAUUUAGCCGCGGAGACAAUGCUUCAGUGUCUAUCUGGAAGUUCGUGUGUGCGUGUCAUAGAAGGUUACAGGUCUACGUGGUAUUUCUUGGUCCUGGUACUGGCGUAUGUGUUAUAUCUGUUAUUCGGGGCUUUAGUGUUUUCCGCGGUGGAGCUGCCGUAUGAAGAGCAGCUUCGGCAGGAGCUUUGGACCGUGAAGCAGCAGUUUCUAGAUGAUAAUGAAUGUCUGUCCGAAGAAAGACUGGAGGAGUUUCUCACCAGGGCUUUAGAGGCGAGUAAUUACGGUGUGUCGGUUCUCAAUAAUGCUACCACUAACUGGAACUGGGAUUUCACAUCAGCGCUCUUCUUCGCCAGCACCGUGCUUUCCACGACAGGAUAUGGCCACACCGUUCCUCUCUCGGAUGGUGGUAAGGCCUUCUGCAUCAUUUACUCAGUGGUGGGAAUCCCAUUCACCCUGCUGUUCCUGACUGCGGUGGUCCAGAGGAUCAUGGAGUUCAGUACCCGCAGGCCCGUGGAGUACCUACACCGGCGCUGGGGCAUUUCCAAACCUAUGCUGGCUGCCCUGCACGCCACUCUUCUAGCUAUUAUAACCAUCUCCUGCUUCUUCCUCAUACCUGCCAUCAUCUUCUCAGUACUGGAAGAGGAAUGGAAUUUCCUGGAGUCCUUCUAUUUCUGCUUCAUCUCUCUUAGUACUAUUGGCUUAGGUGACUAUGUACCAGGAGAAGGCUACCAUCAGAGAUUCAGAGAACUCUAUAAAUUGGGCAUAACAUUCUACCUGAUAUUGGGCUUGAUCGCGAUGUUGGUGGUUCUGGAAACCUUCUGUGAACUUCAGCACCUGAAGAAGCUCAGGAAGAUGUUCUACUUAAGGAAACAAAAAACAGAGGACCAGCUUAACAUUGUGGAUCAUGAUCACCUCUCAUUUGCCUCUGUGUCCGACCAGGCAGCCUCAUUUAGGGAAGAUAAGACAGAUAUGUUUCCCGAUGACAUAGUAUCUGCCUCACCUACUACCUCCAAUGGACCAAUGGACCGAUGAGACAUACUAAAAAUCUGCGUUUCUAGAAACCUGACACGUUAAUGUUCCUAAAACAUCUCCGCUAAGAGCAUAAAUGUAUUGUUAGUGUACUGUGCUGUCACGUUAACUGGAAUCUACCAUAGAUACGAAUAUUUGAAACACAUGCUGAAGGUAAUUUAUUCUGGAAAAGGGUUAUAUGAAUUUCUUAGAAUACAUAAUAUCAUAUGAGAUCAUUGUUCAUGCGGCUGCUGAACUUGAAAACAUGUUGUAACCAAGGUUUUGUGUGUGUGUGUUUGUGUGUGUAUGUAAAAGAUAAAUCCAUCCAUGACUCCGAAUAUAAAUAGUUAACUGGUAAGUGGUCAUAGACUAUAGUAUUACAUACUUCAUAUGCUGUUCUUAUUAGGUGUAAGGGAUCCACAUCCUGUAUUACAUAUGUAUUAAUGGAAAUUAUGUCUUCAGGUUACUAAGUUUGUAGGCAUUGCUUAAGGCAGGAAAACACUACAUGACUUUUAAGCCCAUUUUUGCCCUGAUUUACAGUCUGGACAAGUCAACACUAUCAGUCUACUGAUUUAAGGCAGACAGUUGACAGAUUUUGCAGAAAAUCAUAUAAUGUCUGUAUGAUGGGCACAGACUCCCAUUUUUAAAGCUUCAGAUUAUGAUUCCAUCCUGUCGGAAGAUAUCAAAUGUUUGAUAUUUAGAGCUGAUUUUAGAACACAUAUUGUUUUCAUUUGUCAGUAAAAAGGCACACACUUCUGUGUGAGUUUGUUGUGUUUUGUUGUUGUCUUAACUCUAUUCAAGGUCUGCAAGUGUACGAUGCCUAGUGUUUUAAAAUCUGUUCAGAUUUAAAAAUCAUGUAGUGUAUUCCAGCCUAUAGCCAUGGCGCAUUGUUUUUUUUUUUUUGUUUUUUUUUUCUUUCCUUAGUUCUUUAGAAUAGACAGGGGCAGGUCCCUGGUGACAUUCCUGGUGACAUUAUUUAAUUAACUUGUAAAGGGAAUUUAAAAUAAAUAUUUUUAGUAGAGGCAUUAGACAAUCAGAUAUCUGUAUAUUUAAUUUCUUUACUUGGCUUUAGUCAUGUUGGCUCUUCUGCAGUUGCAGUAGGCAUUGUCCACCACCUAAAGGUGCUGUUGUGCACUGAGUGUCAUGACUGUUGUAUUGAAGAGAACAUAAGUCACAUCAGUGCAUUCUUGACAUAUACUCAGUGACUGGGUAUAUUGCUGAAGGGAAUUAUUGUUAAUUUAUCAUUAAUUUGUAGUUUUAAUUUUCAUAUUUAAAUUUUAUUGCACAUGCCUAAAGAUACUGAAAGUUGUGCAUUAAUUGUAUGUCUUGAGUUGCACUUUAACAAAACAGAAUAAAAUGGAUUUUUGGUUAUACUGUA